GUUUGUUCAGCAACGUAGCUCAAAUUUAUUAAAUCUGACCUCAAGUAUCAAUUUAAUACUACCGUUCAGUUGUCUAUAGCAUCGACUUCAUCACUUAUAUAUUUGCAAGCUUAUCAAGUUAAACGUACUUCAAAACUUCAAAACUGUUAAUCAGGAUCAAUCAGUUUUGCUGGAUCAUGAAAUUUAAAAUUUUCCUGCAAAGAAAAUAUCAAUUUUGCUUUAUCAACUGUUAAAAAAAAAACCUAAAAGUACACGUUUUAAUACGAUGUUAGGUACUUUCCCGAAGGAUUUUCCCAAUCGGCAACUUCCAAAGGUUUUUUUUCCCAAAUUGUAACUUGGAAAGUCGCCCUUGGGAAAAUGCCUUUUGGAAAAUACCUAACACUUACAUUACUGCUUAUUACAACACAAAUUGAAUAUUGCUAAACUGUUUACUUUUUUAAAAAAUCAGCGGAAGAAAAUAGAAUAAAAAGGUCAAUAAUAAAUGAAUCACUAAAAGUUCAAAUCAUAUUUUUUUUUGACACAGCUUGUUAGUUUUUUUUUUUACAAACAACAGUACGUUUUAAGAGCUCCUGGAGUUUAGGACCAAAUCUUUUGGAUCCAGAGGUUCAUUUGAAAAUAUGAUGACACUACCUUUAAGUGCUGUUGAUAUACGUCCUAGAGGAGAGGGAGUUGAGUCCCGAGGGAGUAGGAGUACCUCCAGGGGGAAUAGAAAUAUAUAUAUGGGGAGUAGAAGUUUAUCUAUGGGGCGGGAUGGAACACCAUCCGCUCCCCCCGGUGAAUAUUCGGUGGCCAGAAUUGAUGAAGUAAAUUCUGACGAAGGACUUGAAACUGAAGAUGAAGAUAAUGUAAAUGAUAAUGUAAAUGAUUAUGUAAAUGAUGACACUUAUGAAACAGUUACUCUUGUGGCAGAGGAUUCCCUUGAACAUCCGGAAUAAGAAUUCAAAAUCAUCUUUAUUUAUUAAUGUAUCUUAUCUUUUUAUUCACAUGUUAAAUAUAUAUCAACCUCACCCAA